AUGAAUGACGGUCCGGCCGCGCCGGCGGCUGUGGUGCUGCUGGGGGUGUGCCAGCAGCUGGGCGGCUCUGAUGAGGGCGGCCCAGUGUUUGCGGCUGAAGUGGCCCCGGCAGGUGGUGAACCAGUGGCAUCGCCCGGCUGCGCCGCCUCGGACAGCCGCAGCAGCCGCAGUGGCGAAGAGGCUGGGGUGUCAUGCACCUUGCAGAGUGGGGGUCCAGUUUCAGGCGCUGCCGACACAGAGGUUGCUAUGGCAGCUGAAGCCCAGCAGUCGCUGCUGCCGCCAAUGUCGCCGCAGAAGCGGCAGCAGGGCGCUGGGCAGGGGGCGCGGGACAAGGCAGCACAUGCUGCCGCACAUGGCAGGGCAGCAGAAAAGGGUGGCAAUCAGGCAAUGCAGACACAGCGGCGAUGCCAGGAAGGCGCCACCACGCGAAGUUCCUCGCGACCGGACGAGGCAAGCCAUGCUCCCAGCAGCAGAGCAGAUGGCCAUGGCGUUGGAGCUGACAACAGCAGUUCUGCAGCAGGGGCGGGGUGGCCUGGGCAGCUGCCACAUGAGGUGGAGGAGGGGGAGGAGGCGAAAGAGGGAAGACAGCAGGUGCAGGUGGAAGGGGCGACGCCUGUGGAACAGCCGCUCCGAGAGGAGGCGGAGGGGCAACAGCAGCAUGCGGAAGAAGAGCAGCCAAGAAACCGGCAACAGCAGCAGCAGCAGAACCAACAACAGCACCAGAAUCAACAGCAGCCGGAGCAGGAGAAGGAGCAGCAGCAGCAGCAGCUUCAGAAGCAGCAGGAAGAGCAGCGGGAGCAGGGGCCAGCUGGCACCCUGCUGGACAUCAGCAUCACUGCAACUGCGCAUCCGCCUGCAGGCUCGCCGAUGGAGCGUGGCUGUGCGGGUGAAGUGCAGCGGGUGGAGGCGGCCGGCUUUGCGGCGUCAGUGGAGGAGCUGAGUGGCCUGCUGGCGCAGCUGGCAGCACGCAGGGCGGAGCUGGAGGCGGCGCAUUCGGGGCAGCCGCCUCAGUCAAAGCCGGCUACGGCAGGGCUGAGCUUGUGA